AUGUCAGGCCAGGAUAACAACUACCCACAACCAUUUCCAACAACAACGACGACGUAUUCGCAACCACAGACAACGAUAACAUCGAGACAUGCCCCCUCUGACAGGUAUAGAAGCAUGUCUGAAAUGAUUGAUCAACAGUAUCUGUUUUCAUUCUAUGGAAUCAUUAAAGCGCUACAGAUGAUAUUCGAUUUGUCAGUUUUCAUUUGCGCUUCUGUCAACAUUCACGGCACUAUGGCGAUUAUAUCGGUCUGCGGUUACAUGCAGUUUGUCAGCAUGUUCACCUUCAUCGUGUCUCUUGUCUACUAUGUCAUUCACAUGUUUAGGCUGGAUCGUACCUGUCCCAUGACAGUCCCUCUCAAGUUUACUGAAUUUAUACUCUCAUGUUUCUUCACCAUCCUUUACUUCAUAAGUGCAAUCCUGGCUUCAGUCUACAUUCAGGAAAGUGGUCGUUACAAUGUUAACAUGGCAGCCGCGGCAUUUUUUACAUGGUCAUCGGUGAUUUUGUACGGCGCAGACAUAAUUAUUCUCUGGAUAGAUUGGAGAAGCAGCUCUGAAGGUCCAUAUUUCAGUAGCAUCAUCACUCUGCCGUCAUGA